AUGAUGCCCUUCAAGGACCGCAUGCAGAAACGCACUGGCAGCUCCGUUGGAAAUAUGGAUUCAACGGUAGCUAGAUGGCCAGCUGUAGGCAUGCGUCCCCACAACAUAAGCUUCCCCAUCGUGCUCGCGCAUGUAUACAAGCUGCUCAGCCCUCUUCCACCCAAGUUGAAGAGGAAGCGUGCAGUCUCAAACCUGCGGUCACGUUCAAUGGAUAAGGAUGGGGAGGCGAAGAGAAUCUCUGCACCUGAAGCAGUGAGUGAUGCUCAGGGCCCAUCUCCUCGCCCGUUGUUGACAGUCCCAGCCAAUAUCGGCAGACGAGGGCCUUUCCCUUCGGGCGUCCCAGACCCUCUGCGCUCCAACCCUCCGGUCCUUGUCCGGAAGCCGAAGAGGUCCAAGUCCCGCAAGAGACGUGGUACAGUUUUUACCAGAGAAGAAAAGAAGUUUCUAGAGAUGGCACUGCCCGCAAUAAUGGAGGAAGCAGACAUCGAACGCCUUAUCUACGAGUUGGAAGCACCGACCCAGGCAGGACUGUCUAAUAUUUCGGGGGUUUACGAACUUGAAGGAACGCCAAACCCAGACAGUCUGUCUAGCGGAUCGGUCUAUGAGCUUGAGGCGACGGUAAGUCAGGCAAACCUCAAUGAACUCGAAGCAUGCAGUGAGUGGGUUUACGAACUCGAGGGGACGGUGAGCCAGGACAGCUUGAGUGACAUCGGCAUGUCCAGUGGUUCUUUGUACGAACUUGAGGCGACGACAAGUGGGUCCGAUUCGAGUGAGAUCAGUCUACCCUCUGUCGUUUUCUCAGAUUUCGAACCUCUCAUCGAGUCUAACCGUCGGCUUGCAGAGGAGAAUCGGCACAUGAGCGUGUUUAUCCAGGAAAUCGUGACAAAGGAGAUCAUCAUUAAAGAAGAGCUAGCUCGCGCCACAAACGAGCGCAAGGCAUCGGAGGCGGCCUUGAACUUGCUCUGGAAUUUGGUAAAAGCGAAUUUCGAUGGGAGCGAAGACGUGGCUACGCCAGCACAGAUUACUCGGUUCUUAUCAACUAAGGAGUUCAUCGACAAGCCCCGCCAAAUAAGUGUAAAUAGCAACAAGAAGACUAUGAAUAGCAACAACAACAAGGUCAAGAGUAUCACUAACCAUAGCACAAGCCAGAGGCAGCAUAGGAGCAUACUGCUAAAAAGCGACUCGGAGGACGAAGCGAGCGACACAUCUUUGUUCGACGACAAGAAGCAGGUGGUAGAGGAUGUCAAGACGAUCGGAAUGGUGCAAAGUUCAGAGGGUUGA